CAGAACCUCUGCACCUCUUGAAAAGGCUUUGAAAAACCUUUCAAACCUGGCUGAGGUUACAUAAAACUGAAACUGUCUGACUUUGCAGCCAACCAUCCUGUGGUAAAUUAGCCAAGUGGGCUUUUUUGCUUUUGAUUUCAGUGUAUUUGAAGCACCAGGCUGGACACCUUCAAACUAUGGACAAGAGUAUAUUCGUGUGCUUUAUCCUCCUGGGCACGGCAAUUCAGAGCAGCCAGGGAUGCUACUGUGAACAUUACCCCUGGGGUUCAUGGUCAAGCUGUUCAAAAACUUGCAAUUAUGGAACCCAGACCAGGCAAAGGCAAAUAAAAGUGGAUGAUUAUUAUAGAAAAAACUUCUGUGACCAAGUGUGCACAAAGCAGGAAUCCCGGGCAUGUAACGAGCAGGCAUGUCCUAUCAACUGUCAGCUUGGAGACUUUGGUCCUUGGUCGGAAUGUGACCCGUGUGUUAAAAAACAAUUUCGUGUGAGGUCCUUGCGGCGCCCAUCUCAGUUCAGGGGACAGGCCUGUACUGAACAAUUGGUGGAUUCCCGGAGAUGCUUCCCAACUAAACUUUGCAACAUAGAGGAAGUUGACUGCAGGACUAAGUUCCAGUGUGAAAAUGGUCGCUGCAUUGCCAAAAGUUUGGAGUGCAAUGGAGAGAACGACUGCGGGGACAACUCAGAUGAAAGGGACUGUCGGCGGAUAAAGACCGUGUGCAACAGGAGAUAUGAGAGCAUCCCCAGUGUACAGUUAAUGGGCAAUGGUUUUCAUCUUCUGGCUGGAGAGAGCCGAGGAGAAAUCCUUGAUAACUCAUUCAAUGGAGGAAAAUGCACAACUGUAAAAGGCAAUGACACAAGGAAAUCAUUUCGUGUUCCUGCAAAUCUUGAGACUAUCCGCUUUCAGGUGGAAAAUGAAGAGGAUGAUGUGGCAUCGGAUUUCUAUAAGGAUAUAAUUCCUCUACACACUGAAUUUGCUAGUGAUAGUUCAUCCACUGGCUCUGGAAGAAGCUUUUCUGGGAUCCCAGGUCUCUUCUCAAGAAAGAGACGUGUAAAAAUCACAUCAUCUUCCUCCUUCAGGGAAGCCAUUGAAGCCUCAUAUAAAAAGAAUUCCAACUUUAUUAGGGUCCAUAAAGUGAUUGCAGUUUCAAACUUCACAAUGAAACAGUCAGAUCUGCAGCUUUCAACUAUCUUUCUAAAGGCACUUAACCACCUGCCUUUGGAGUACAACUAUGCUUUAUAUAGCAGAAUUUUUGAUGACUUUGGGACUCAUUACUACGCUUCUGGAUCAAUGGGUGGCACAUAUGACCUUCUUUAUCAAUACAGUGCUGAAGAACUGAAAAAUUCAGGCUUGACACAGCAAGAAUCGACGGAAUGUGUCCGGGUAGAAACAACUAGGCGUGUGUUUUUCAGAAAGAAAAAGAAAGUACAUACGACGUGCACCACAAAUAAACUGACUGAACGCCAUGAAGGAUCAUUUUUGCAGUCAUCUGAACGGUCUAUUUCACUGGUAAAAGGUGGAAGGGCAGAAUACGCUGCAGCUUUGGCCUGGGAGAAAAAGGGGUCUUUCCCAGAGCAUACAGAAUUCACAGACUGGGUGGAAUCAACAAAGGACAAUCCUAUUGUGAUUGAUUUUGAGCUGGCCCCCAUCCUGGAUUUGGUGAAGAACUUCCCCUGUGCAGUGACUAAACGGCGCAACCUCAGAAGAGCGCUUAUUGAAUACAUGGACAUAUUUGACCCUUGUAAAUGUGCCCCCUGUCCCAAUAAUGGCAGACCUGUGUUGUCUGGAACAGAGUGUCUGUGUGUGUGUCAGGCUGGAACCUAUGGGGAUAACUGUGAGAAACGCGCACCAGAUUACAAAUCAGUUGCAGUAGAUGGUUACUGGAGUUGCUGGUCUGUCUGGAGCUCCUGCGAUGCUGCUUUCAAGAGAAGAAGGACCCGGGAGUGUAAUAACCCCGCACCACUGAAUGGAGGAAAGCCGUGCCAGGGUGAACGUGAGCAGGAGGAGGACUGUUACAUCUCAAUGUUUGUGGACAAAGGGGCUCCAUGUAUAAAUGACAAUGAAGCAAGAAAGGAAGUGGACGUUUUCAUUGGUGAACCAGAGUCUGGAUGUCUUAAGCCAUCCCCACCAGAAAAUGGAUUUCUCAGGAAUGAAAAGAAUCAUUAUGCAUUUGGGGAAGAAGCUGAAAUCGCCUGCAUGACUGGAUAUGAUCUCAUUGGCUAUCAGUUCCUCAGGUGUCUACCAGAUCAUACCUGGGCACAGCAGCCUGUUGAGUGCCAAUCAUCAAUGUGCCCUAAACCAUCAGUAUCUGAGGGCGUCACAAUCUCCCCAUUUAAAAAUGAAUACAAGGUUGGGGAAACCAUCCAGCUACGCUGUCCAGCUGGCUUCAUUGUCACUGGUGAAAAGCAGUACACUUGUAGGAAAGAGGUAUCAUGGACACCACCUAUACUGAGAUCACUUACCUGUGAAAAAGAUGAGCAAACUAAAGCUAGAGGUAACUGCAGCCCAGGACAAAAACAGGUUGGAUCUCAAUGCGUUUGCAUGUCUCCAGCACAGGAUUGUAGCCACUACUCUGAAGAUGUCUGCGUACUACAUGCAGUUUCUGAAAGGCCCUCUACAAAGCCCAGCUGUCAGUAUUUAGCUGAAAAAUGCCUUAACGAGCAGCCACUCCAUUUCUUGCAUUCUGGCCCCUGUCAUGGUGACACCAACCUGAACUGGGCCAUUGAAAGGGCAAAGCUUUCGACAAGUAGCUCAAAGAAAGAGCUCUGUGGAUAUGACACAUGCUACGACUGGGAAAUGUGUUCAGAUUCGCAGUCACAAUGUUUCUGCCUGGUACCCUACCAAUGUCCAAAGGUUGAGAGCCAGCUUUAUUGCAUCCAAAUGGAAUCUACAAGUAGAAAAAGGACAGCCAGUCUCUGUGCACUGGGAGCAAUGAAAUGUGCCGGCAUGAAAAUAGCAGUACUGCAUCAGGGGAACUGUUUGAAUUAACAUAUUCGGGCCUUAUGCAGCCAAAAAUAUACUUGGCCUUAUGCUUCAGGCCAUGCAACAUAGGACAGCCUCUCCUGAGGAAAGAUUGGCUGACUACCCAAAUAAAUCAAAACAGCAAAAAGCCCCAGAGCAUUGUGGCUGGGAUUUACAGACUUGCUCAUCGGUUGAUGAGGAUCUCAUGUAAAUGAGCCCUCUACCUCCUACACCCUACUACGCCCAAUUUUACCUUUGUCUCUCUCUCCACCUUGCAUGCAAUGCAUGCACCCCUGUUGGGCUGCAAGAAUUACUCCCAUAGGCUGCAGUAAGAUUCUUGUGUGGCUCCUGGAGAGAGGGAUGGCAAUUGUCGUAUUAUCUGUUCAAAAUUACCUUGUGCUUUGGGACUGAGGGUCUUUCCUACUAUCAACAGCUUUAGAUAAGUGGUGGGGACAGAGAUUCUGCCUCUUAACUCCUGUGAUGCUGUUUGGGUUCUCUGCCCUAGUUUUUGGGACUCUCCCCUCCCCAAUCCUGAGGGGAUUUGUUGAUGGUAGAGGGCUGUCUCCUCUGUCCCUGCCCGCCCAGUGCCCCUGUCUUCUCACUGGCUGAGCUCUAUACUGGAGUUCUCAGACAGGAAGGGGACUCUGGGUGGCCCAGCACCUUUACUUUUCCUUUAACGAUGGUCAGUCAAACAGAAAGACACUGCCCCCAGUGUUGAAGACUUUAAACAAUGAAAUGAGCAGUAUACAGCACUUCCAGUUGCAGUCAUUCCAAAAUCCUGAAUCAGGCCUCCCCAAAAUCAUGAGAUUGGCUGAACAGUCAGGUAUUUUUUUUAAAUAAAUGUGCAGUUCUCUUUAUUUGCCUUCUAGGGUUUUUGUUUGUUCAUUUGUAGUUUUAUGUUUAGCCUCUAAGGUUCACAGCCGCAAGCUUUCCUUUCCACCCAAGAGAGCUAGAAACUUACUUUCAAAACAGAAAGAGCUGAGUUUCUAACAUAAUCACCCGACUCCGUGCGCUGAAGCUUUGAGAAAACCAACUAACAUCAUGAGACUUGCCAGUUCUCACCAUUUUAUGCCACUCUGAUGCAUCAUGCAGUAUGGCUCCUAUAUCUGGCCAUUCGGCUGGGCUGAGUUCCAGACUUCAUCCAGGAACAGAGGCAUGUUUUAGUGGGCACUGAGGCUAAACGUGGCAUGGCAGUUUUGCAUCUAAGGAGGCACUGGCUCCUAAGAGCAGGGGAGCUGUGGAACCUCAGCAGCCACUAACCCAGUAGUGGCUGCGUAGAACCCCAGGGGAAGGAAGGGAGGAAUCCUAUGCCAAAAUAGACCAAACUAUUUUGUUGUGGUGUUAAAAUUUAUAAUAAAGACAAUUAAAAAUAAAUACUUACAUAUCUUGA